AGGAAUCAGUGUUGCCAAUCUGCAAGUGGAAUAACAACAAAGAGAACAUAACCUAUUUAAAACGUUUGGUUUGGGUCAGUUUGGGUUAUUUGUGGUUAAUUGUAAUCGAAAUACUAUGUCUGAUGAGGAAGAAGUGAGUUACGUGAAGAAGCAGAAGAUCAUCCACUAUGGAUCCCUGCAGGAGUCUGAGAAGGCCCGUCUGGCUACUCUGGAAUCAAGCAGCGCGGAAAGCAGCCAAGAUGUUCCGAGCCCCGCACAAACACAGCAAGCCCCACAAGUUAACACAUCAAAUGAAUAUAUGGAAUUGGAAGAUGCAAUAUCCAAAGACAAACAAGCACUUAUGGAGGAGUUCGAGAGGCGGAAGAAGGCUAGGUCGAUUAAUGUCUCCACUGAUGACGCCGAGGUGAAACGUAACUUGAGGCAAUUAGGAGAACCUAUUUGCAUUUUUGGAGAAGGUCCAGCCGAGAGGAGAUCUCGUUUAAGGGAUAUACUGUCAUGCAUCGGAGAAGAUGCGAUUAUUAGGAAAGAAGUGGAGGAAGAGAAGAAACAGAUGAGCUACAACCAAGAAUCCACUUGGUAUCACGAAGGUCCCGACAGUUUAAAGACGGCGAGGCUAUGGAUUGCGGAGUAUUCAUUGCCUAGGGCAAAGGAAAGAUUGGAAGAAGCGAGGAGUUUAGCUGAUUUACCCUCAGCUACGAGGACAGCUAAAACACAGGAGAUACAGAAACGAUUGCAGGUUCUAUCGAUAUACAGCAGUCAAGUAGGAGACACCAGACCAAUUUCAUUUUGCCAAUUCAGUCCUAAUUCUGAACUUUUAGCAACUGGUUCUUGGACCGGUUUAUGCAAAAUUUGGAGUGUACCCAAUUGCGAAUUGAAGCAAACACUGAAAGGACAUACCCAUCAAAUAGGAGCAAUCAUUUUCCACCCACAGGCAACGCUAACGCAAGAUAAAUCUAUAUGCAAUAUGGCAUCAUGCGCUGCUGACGGUUCUGUUAAACUGUGGGAUUUCAAAAGUGAUGAACCAAUUGCCGAUAUUGAAGGCCAUAUGCCUCAUCGAGUAUCAAGGAUAGCUUUUCAUCCUUCUGGUCGAUUUUUGGGAACUUGCUGUUAUGAUAGCUCAUGGAGGUUGUGGGAUUUGCAACAGUGCGCAGAAGUUUUGCAUCAGGAAGGGCAUGGUAAACCUGUGCAUUGUAUAAGUUUCCAAAACGAUGGUUCAGUUUGUGCUACUGGAGGAUUAGAUUCGUUUGGAAGAGUAUGGGAUUUGAGGACUGGACGUUGUAUUAUGUUUAUGGAAGGCCAUUUGAAAUCUAUAUAUGGAAUUGAUUUCUCGCCCAACGGUUAUCAUGUGGCUACGUCCAGUGUUGACAAUACCGUAAAGAUUUGGGAUCUGAGGAAAAGGAAUAUUCUUUACACGAUACCAGCGCACACAAAUCUUAUUUCAGAUGUAAAAUAUCAGAAAGAUUGCGGAGAUUAUUUGAUAACAGGUUCUUAUGAUAACACAAUCAAAAUAUGGACAAACCGGACGUGGCAACCAUUGAAAACACUUUCGGGACACGAUGGAAAAGUGAUGAGCAUUGACAUAUCACCGAAUAACAUGUAUAUAGCUUCUAGUUCAUAUGACAGGACGUUCAAAUUAUGGGCACCUGAGUAGUAGUAGUA